CGUAUUUCACUCCUCUUUGGAGACGGCAGCUGUCACCUCAAAGUGCACGUUUAGUGAUAAAUCGGCGACAAUACGGCGACGCGUAGUGACGCGUUUUGCAAAUUUCAUGUUACGCUCCACUAUUUCCGGAACGUUAGCUUGUUUUUGGCGUCUCUCGCGCGAAACGUCUCCUGGUGACAUACAGUGAUAUUCGACACCCAACAUUUCAUCUGGAUAUUUUUCCAACGGCGAACCCUUCGAUUGUGCGUAAUGGAGAGACAGAGGAAUUUGCAGCCGCGCAACGUAUACAAUCGCGGUACCAGCGCGCGAUACUGAGUUACGAUCGGUGGAGAUUUCGAUUUACGCGCGAUUUGAUUUAGCGAGCUCGAGCGUUUGGAACGCGCGCGCCGUGUGAUUUUCGACGUUUCGGGGAUUGAUCGUUUCCGUUCCUCGGUUAAUUGCUUUCCGAAUAUUUCGCGCACGCCGACGUGUGCGAUUUUGACCGGCAAAUCGCAUCGUUCGCGCUCGCAAGGUAUAUACAGGAUUACCUCGCGCGCGAAUUGUAAUCGACAAACGUUAUUCGCAAAUGCGAGCCACUUCGGAAGUGAGUUCCGGCGCCACUCCCGCUCGACGACGACGGUGUUACAGUUCGCUGGGAGAGGUCUCGUGUCGCCGUGUUUCUCAGGAUAAGGGAGUAGAAGGAGAACUCCCGUUACGAUUUCGUCGGUCGUUUCCGAGUACGCUAGAAGUGUAUUCGACGAUACAAAGGAGCCGUCGACGUCGCGGCACUCGAGAAACGAGCUUUGUCGCUUCGGAUGAAAGUAAGACGGACAUCGUAAGAGGAUUUAGCUUUAUUGCUGCAGCGAGUCUUGAAGAAAGUGGAAGUUAACGGAAAAUGUAAUUCUCUACAUUAGUGGAUUCGUGCACUAUUACAUCAGACUCGCGCCUGAAAAAACUGUCACGAGAUUGACGUCAAAUUAGGAUAAUCUCUAGUCUGACGCUCGCCUUAUUGAAAAAAAAAAAAAAAUCGACAUGGAUACCAGUACGGUGCGAUUAGUAAUAUUUUUGGGCAUGUUUCUGAUUUUCGCCGGCGAUUACAGCGCGUUUAUCGCUUCGAUUUUCGGUAACGCAACGGAGAGGAACAUCACUGAUGCUAUGAGAGGACCCGAGGCUCAGCUUAAAGGGCCACCCCGUGAUAAGAUACCCGUUGUCUCGAAAAAAGACAUCGAUAAGAAUGACGUCGCCCUACGCCGCGCGAAGAUGAUGACAACGAUCAAAACUGCGUGCCUGCCGAAGCUAAUAUGCGAACUCACCAAGUCCGUCCACCAUGACCAACUGAGUGAAAUGGAGCGAUCGCUUUUAAAUCUUAUAAGGGAUACAAGUCUGAGCACAAUGGCGGAAGUGCCGUCGAGAUACCACUUCGCGGCUCACAUGGGUCAACUGAUUUCCGGCAUAGAAGGUCAGGGCUGUCACAACUUUUACCCGACGUGUCCGUUGCCGGGUAUUAGAGUUCUGAACAUGAUGAAGAAGAUUCGUCUGCGCUAAGGAGCCAUCAUCACCGUCGAAAUUGACGAUCGUUAAACCUGUGAUACUGUGGAUACUUUGUUUUUGUUUCGUGCUCAGAAAUUCAAUUCGCAUGAUGACAAAUCACGUUUUUGCCGACGUAACAUAUAAACGACAUUCAAAUUCUCGUGAUAAUAAUUUUAAUUACUGAGGGGGAGAAGAGUAACAAUAUUCCGUGACAUUGAAAAUCUCGUUUUAAUCCUGAAAUAAAAAUUUUAGCACAUAAAUUC